GGUUCGUAGAGUUUCCUAAAACCCCAGGCCUCCUACAGCAACUACGAGAAAAUCCUUAAACCCUACAGAAGCUUUUCGUUCAAUUUCCACUUGUCCCUUUUCACUCUCUAAUGGCGUCUGUAAGAAACAAAGUAAACCCACUUCUCUGUAACUUACCGUACGUUCUCACAUGGCGAAAAUUCGGUUUCCGUACAAUCUGCAGUGGUCGUCUUGGCUUUGCGCCGUCCACAUCACCGUCAAUGGCCGAUGUAGAUACUCCUGUUGCUGGCACCAAGGUUCUCGAUACAUUCGCUGAGGAGUUUGAGAUUGGAUCACGCAAAAUUACUUUAGAAACCGGAAAGAUUGCGAGGUUUGCUAAUGGCUCUGUAAUAUUAGCCAUGGAAGAGACGAAAGUUCUCUCUACUGUCGCUUCAUCUAAAGGCGAUGCAGUUCGUGAUUUUUUGCCUCUUACAGUUGAUUACCAAGAGAAACAAUUUGCUCAAGGUGUUAUUCCGAAAACAUUCAUGAAGAGAGAGGGUGCUCCAAAAGAACGCGAACUUUUAUGUGGUCGUCUUAUUGAUCGACCCAUAAGACCACUUUUUCCAUCUGGAUUUUACCACGAGGUGCAGGUGAUGGCAAGUGUGCUUUCGUCUGACGGGAAACAAGAUCCAGAUAUAUUGGCAGCUAAUGCAUCAUCUGCUGCUCUAAUGUUGUCAGAUAUUCCUUGGGGUGGGCCAAUUGGAGUAAUACGUAUUGGAAGGAUUUCAGGUCAAUUUGUUGUGAAUCCAAGCAUGGAGGAGCUUAGCAUCAGUGAUCUUAACUUGGUAUAUGCAUGUACGAGGGAUAAAACUUUGAUGAUAGACGUCCAAGCUCGUGAAAUUUCUGAAAAGGAUUUGGAAGCUGCUUUGAGACUUGCUCAUCCAGAAGCUGUUAAGUAUCUUGAGCCUCAAAUUAGACUCGCAGCUAAAGCUGGUAAGCAAAAGAAAGAAUAUAAGCUGUCUAUGGUAUCAGAAAAAACAUUUGAAAAAAUUCAGAAUCUGGCCAAAGAACCUAUAGAAGCUGUUUUUACAGACCCUACGUAUGGAAAGUUCGAGCGUGGAGAAGCUUUAGAAAAAAUCACACAGGACGUUAAAAGAGCUCUUGAGGAAGAAGGUGAUGAUGAAGGCCUAAAAAUUCUACCAAAGACAGUUGAUACAGUGAGGAAGCAGGUUGUUCACAGAAGGAUCAUGUCAGAAGGGCUUAGAGUGGAUGGAAGGCGUCUUGACGAAGUUCGGCCUUUGUACUGUGAAGCUGGUAAUUUACCUGUAUUACAUGGAUCUGCAAUCUUUUCAAGAGGGGAUACUCAGGUCCUUUGCACUGUUACCCUUGGAGCCCCUGGGGAUGCUCAACGUCUGGAUUCACUGGUCGGUCCUUCAAGCAAGCGUUUUAUGCUGCAUUAUAGUUUUCCACCAUUUUGUACAAAUGAAGUUGGCAAGCGAACUGGCCUGAAUAGGCGUGAAGUUGGUCAUGGCACUCUUGCUGAAAAGGCUCUGCUUGCUGUAUUACCUCCAGAAGAUGAUUUUCCAUAUGCAGUCCGAAUCAAUUCUGAAGUCAUGGCAUCUGAUGGCUCAACAUCAAUGGCAACUGUCUGUGGAGGCAGCAUGGCUUUGAUGGAUUCUGGCAUUCCACUAAGAGAACAUGUGGCAGGUUUGUCGGUGGGGCUUGUUAGUGAAGUUGACCCAUCAACUGGUGAAAUCAAGGAUUAUCGUAUAUUGACUGAUAUUCUGGGUCUGGAGGAUCAUCUGGGUGACAUGGAUUUUAAGAUUGCUGGUACUCGUAAUGGAGUAACUGCAAUACAAUUAGAUAUUAAACCUGCUGGAAUUCCUUUGGAUAUCAUAUGUGAGAGUCUAGAUCCUGCACUUAAAGGGAGGCUUCAAAUCCUUGAUCACAUGGAGCGUGAGAUAAGUGCUCCACGUAUUCAGGAUGACAGAUAUUCUCCUCGGCUAGUUACGUUAAAAUACAGCAAUGACGCACUUCGUCGCUUGAUUGGUCCUGUUGGUGCUUUGAAGAGGAAAAUUGAAGAUGAAACAGGUGCACGGAUCUCGGUUAGUGAUGGAACACUUACUAUAGUUGCCAAAAAUCAGUCAGUAAUGGAGAAAGUACAGGAGAAGGUUGAUUUUAUAAUUGGACGUGAAAUUGAGAUUGGUGGCGUAUACAAAGGUAUUGUUGUAUCUGUUAAAGAAUACGGCGCCUUUGUGGAGUUUAAUGGUGGACAACAGGGCCUCUUACAUAUUUCAGAAUUGUCACACGACCCGGUUUCCCGAGUUUCAGAUGUGGUAUCUGUGGGACAGCAACUUUCUUUAAUGUGUAUAGGACAGGAUGUUCGUGGUAAUAUUAAGUUAUCAUUAAAAGCCACCCUGCCUAGAUCUGAAUUCAAGACAGACAUUGUUGAUGAACCUGUUGCUCCAGCUAGUCAAGUGGUCAAUGUUUGGGCUGCCAUUGAGGAUAUAUCCAAUGAGCAAGAAAAACAAGGUGCUACUGCAGGACCUGAAACUAAUGAUUCAACUUUGAAAUCAGCUACACCAGCGGUUCUAAUCCGAAGUGCAGCUGAGUGCGAUGAAGAGGAAAAAAGUGAUGGUCUGAAUUCGAAAAGUGAUAAUGGAUCUCAAAGUGCUUCUAAAUCUGAUAAGAAGACAAGGACACCGUCCUCACUUUCAGAAUCCGGUUUUUCUUCUAGAAAUAUUAAGUCCAAAAGAGCCAAGGAUGCCAUUCUUGACCUAAUAAGUGAUGAUGAAAGUGAGCAGAAACAUACUUCUGAAGUAGGCCUGCAUUCUCAAAUAGGGUCUACGUCUGAGACCCCUAUGAGUGCAAAGAAACUAAAGCUUGGUAUGAGAGUAUCAGCAAAAGUGCAUCAAAUUCGUGCCCUUGGUUUGGUGCUUGAUUUGGGUGGUGGAAUUCGGGGAAUGUAUCGUUUUGAGCCUGGUACGAAGAGGGACUUUGAGGUAGGUGAUGAGCUGCGGGUGAAGUGCUCAAGUUUUUCAACCAAAGGGAUUCCAGUAUUGUCUUUGGUGAAAGAAGAGUAAUUUAAGGCGCUAUUAUACCACCAAAGCAAAGCAUAAAACUGCAGGCUGUAAAAAAUGUCAACUAAGAAAAUACUGACUGGGAAUCACAAGACACCAAUGCUUGUGAAGUCUGUUUCAAGAGCUGCAUUUCUCAGAGAACGUUGAGAUCGUUGCUAUGAGUUGGAUCGUGAGAAUAAAGAAAACAGAAGGCCUCCUAAAAUCAGGUAGCCUUCCGGAACAGGGUUGUUCCAAAGCCCUACACCUCUGGUCGGAUUUAGUCAUGUCACUCUGUGUCGCGAAUAGCUUCAGAUUUUGGUCAAUGUAAAUCAUUCUUUCAUGGCUCUUUCUAUAUUAAGUUUUUCUACGCAAACAAUAGGGGGUUUGGGGAUGUUUUUCUGUUGUGAUAGCUAGGUCUCAUUAGUAUAUUUGUUUCCUUCUCCUGAUAACUACACUUUUGUAUGAAUACCAAAAAUUCUCACUUUUACUCCAUAUGCUUGAAAAGAUUUGCAAAUGAGACACUCGAUUUAUCUCUA